AUGAUUAACAAGUUCGACUACAAACCAAGACAAAAGUCGGUCCCAACUGUUGUACAGGUUACAUUUUCACCACAGAGAAAGUGUGUGAGAAGAAUUAUUUUUCCGGACUAUAUACAUCUAAAUAUUUUUAACACCAGUCAUGGCUCUGACCGACGCUGACGUACAAAAACAGAUCAAGCACAUGAUGGCCUUCAUUGAGCAAGAGGCCAGUGAGAAAGUAGAGGAAAUCGAUGCAAAGGCAGAGGAGGAGUUCAAUAUUGAGAAAGGUCGUUUGGUGCAGACUCAGCGAGUAAAAAUCAUGGAUUACUUCGAGAAGAAAGAAAAACAAAUUGACCAGCACAAGAAAAUCCAGAUGUCUAAUCUGAAGAACCAAGGGAGACUUAAGGUGCUGAAAACCCGAGACGACAUGAUCACGGACUUGUUGCACGAGGCUCGCCAAAGACUUGCAGAGGUCACUAAAGAUGCCGACAGCUACUCCAAGCUGUUGGAGUGUCUGGUGCUUCAGGGAUUGUAUCAACUGCUUGAGCCUAAAGUAACCAUUCGCUGCCGACAGCAGGAUGUAGAAAUGGUCCAGGCUGCUGUUAACAGAAACAUCCCCAUCUACCAGGAGGCAGUGAAGAGCAAAAUAACAGUCAGGAUUGAUCAGGAUCGCUUCCUUCCGUCUGACAUCUGUGGUGGAAUUGAAGCAUAUAACGAAAAUGGGAAAAUCAAGGUUUCCAACACUUUGGAGAGCAGGUUGGAACUUCUAGCUCAACAGAUGAUGCCUGAAAUCCGAGUGACGUUGUUUGGCCCCAACCCGAACCGCAGGUUCAUGGAUUAAAUGUUUCUGACUAGAUCCGAGUGAACACAUAACCACAUCCCCAGGCUUCAGAGGGAGCGUUCAGUGGGCUGUUGAUGUCUGAACACUAGCAUGCUGAGUAAUAAUUACACAAGUGCUCUUUUUAUGUUUAAGUGCUGAUUGUCUCCCAGCUAAAUAGAUGGAAAACGACUUUAUAUUGCAGAAGGAUUGCAGGAUUGUCUCUAAAGUAAAAAGAGGUUACAUACCAAAGAUACCUUUACAUGCUUGCUCUUGCUAUUGCUGUGUAAUAAAUUCAGCUAAAGUUGGUGCAGCUGGUCGCGGGAGUGAAGCUUCAUGUUGUUGGAAAGCUUUUGACGUCUGAAAAGGCAAAAAUAAACCGAUAACACAAAUAA